GGCAGAGUUGUCCUCCUGGCCGCCAUUAAAGAAUUCAAUCCAUGAAUUCAAAUGGAAACCUGCAGGACCCGAGAAUCAGUGAACGCAAAUGCUUAAGCUUACUGGACAUUUACAUCAUGAUUUCAGUAUUUGAGUGAAAGUUUUUGUAGUUUUAUCGGAUUCCGGCGACUAUGGGGAAUAGAAGGGUGGUGUUAGCGAACUGUUUUAUUUAGUCUGACUUGGCUAUGUUGGCUAGCGAAACUCAGGAGGAGGGGAGAGUUUCUUUGCUCUGAAAUUGUUUAAGAUUACUAGUAGAUCACUUUAUGGUGAGGUUGUGGUAUGGUUCGUGUAUAUAUUUUAUUAAACAUAUUGUGUAGUAAAGUAAGAAAACGGACUCGGAAGUGGGGUUGAUGAAUUUGUUAGCGUAGAAAGCUAACUAGUUGUGUUAGCUGGCUAUCAAGACAGCGAUAUUGUUUAGCUAGCUAAAGCUAGCGUAGUGGCUAGCCAUCAUCAACCGGUUGUAUAAAUAACUAGCCAGUUAGCAUCUUAGUUUUAUGGGGUAUUUGACUAAAUACUCUAUCCAGAUUAAAUAGCUUAAAACUUGGCUGAAUAUUGCUCUUAUCUGUAACCGAGACGAUGGAUUGUUCAACCACUCUGUGAGGAUGAGUUCAUGUUUUGUACCAAACGGGGCCAGUUUGGAGGACUGCCACUCCAACCUAUUUUGCCUGGCUGACCUGACUGGGAUAAAAUGGCGACGUUUUGUGUGGCAGGGGCCCACAUCCUCGCCCAUCCUGUUCCCCGUGACGGAGGAGGACCCCAUCCUGUGCAGCUUCAGCCGGUGCCUGGCGGCCGAUGUGCUAAGCGUGUGGCGAAGGCACCACACCCCGGGUCGCCGCGAGCUCUGGCUCUUCUGGUGGGGGGAUGACCCCAGCUUUGCCGAGCUCAUCCACCACGAGCUGUCAAGUGAGGAGGACGGCGAGUGGGAGAGUGGCUUGUCCUAUGAGUGCCGCACACUCCUGUUCAAAGCUGUCCAUAACCUGUUGGAGCGUUGCCUCAUGAACCGCAGCUUUGUCCGUAUUGGCAAGUGGUUUGUCAAGCCCUACGAGAAGGAUGAGAAGCCCAUCAAUAAGAGUGAGCACUUGUCGUGUGCAUUCACCUUUUUCCUGCACGGGGACAGUAACGUGUGCACUAGCGUGGAGAUUGCCCAGCACCAGCCUGUCCAGAGGCUAGGUGAAGAACAUCUGAGCUUGGUACAACAAAAUGCCAGCCCCCUGCAAGUCAUCUUGAGUCCAUACGGUCUGAACGGGACGGUCACGGGCCAGUCCUUCAAGAUGUCUGACCACCCCACCCAGAAACUUAUUGAGGAGUGGAGGCAGUUCUAUCCCAUCAGCCCCAGCGCCAAGGACCGCCCCGAGGACAAGAUGGAGGAUGCAGACUGGGAGGACGACUCACUAGCAGCCGUGGAGGUCCUUGUUGCUGGAGUGAGGAUGGUGUACCCUGCUUGUCUAGUACUGGUGCCCCAGUCAGACCUCCCUGCCCUGGCCCCACAGGGAUCAGCCAACCCCUCACCCAUCCUGUGUGAGGGCCAGGGGGCCCACAGAGACCCUGCCAUGUCCUCUGUCACCCUUACCCCUCCCACAUCACCGGAGGAGGCCCAAACAGAUUCUCAGGCAGCACAGAGGUGGUUGAAGCUCUGCUCGACAGUGGAUGGUUUCAGCUCCAACAGCAGCUGUAUCCACGGCAGCAAGAUCCCCCGCAGGCUGGCUGCCCAGGUGGUGGAGAGCGUGUGGCAGGAGUGCACUACCAACCGGGCCCAGAACAAGAGGAAGUUUGCUACAUUGACUAACGGUACCUGUGAGGAGGAGGAGGGGGACAAAACAGGAGUGUGGGAUUUUGUGGAGUUCUCGCAUAGGGCACACUGCAACUGCUCAAGGCAUAAAAACCAGAAGCAACGAUCAGGCAGCACCUCAGGAAACCCCCCGUCGGUGGGCCAGCCCUCACAGCCUCUGCCCAAACACAAGCUGGGCGAGAAGCUGGAGAAGGGGGAGAAGCAGCAGAAGAGGCCCCAGACACCCUUCCACCACCGCAGCUAUGUGUUUGAGGAGCAGGCCAUGGAGCCCCAGAGGCUGUGUAUGAGAACCCAGGAUGAGGGCCCCUACCCCAGCCUGCACCAUGUGGACACGGCCCCUUCCAAAGCUCCCAUGUUGCACACCCACAGGCCCCUCCAAGACCUGGCCGGCUCCCCCCAGCCCCCUCCUCUCAGCCCCCACCCCUGCGAGCGCGGGGAGGAAGACCCUGGGGCCACGAAGAGCUCCUCCACGCCCAUCCACCAACACUUCUACCCCCCCUCCUCCGAGCCCUGCCUGCUGCCCCAAAAGACCUCGUCUGACGAGCCCCACCUGGAGCCCCUGCCUCUGCCUUUCCCCCCUGCCUACCCUGAUUCCCUGGAACCCACUGUCUAUGUGGGAUCAGCCAUCAACCCCAACGAAGACUCGGCCCACAACCCCUGGAAGUACUUCAACCUGCCACGGAAGAAGACCUCAGAUUUCUUCACACCACUGUUGCCUGUGGACAAACUACAGGAUGACUCCGGGGAAGGAGGGCAGGAGAACAUUGUCUCUGUCACAGAAUUGAUGUCUGGCUCUGGCAGGCCUCUGAAGGUGUCUGAAGACCUGGUGAGGACCUACACCCAGAGGAGGAACAGCCACCUGGCGGCUGCCAUGGCUGACGAGGACCAGGAGGAGGAGCCAGACCCCUACGCCUUCGUGGAGGGAGACGAGGAGUUCAUUUUCACUGACAAGAAGGACAAACCUGGCUCGGACAGAGAGACCAGCAAGAGACACAAGGGUGACGAUGGCAGUGGGACCUCGGCAGAUGAUGGUCAGGGUGCAGCUGGUGGAAAGCCUGUACCCUCCACCAGCCUCAUCCAUGAGACAGACCUGGCUGUGUCCAUCAACGACCUGGACAACCUCUUCAACUCAGACGAAGAUGAGCUAGCGCCUGGAUCCAGGAGAGCAGGAGUUCAUGGAGACAAGUUUGGCAGUAAGGAACACAAAACAUCAAAUCUGGACCCUCUGUCCUGCAUAAGCUCAGCUGACCUGCACAAGAUGUUCCCCACCCCUCCCUCCCUGGAGCAGCACAUCAUGGGCUACUCCCCCAUGAACACUGGGGGGAAGGACUACGGUGGCCUGGAGGCCGGGGUGGGCCUCACUCUGCUGGAUGGGAGCCAGUUUAGCAGCCACUACAAGAUGGAGGUGGAGGAAGGCUUCUGCAGCCCCAAGCCCUCUGAGAUCAAGGACUUCUCGUUUGUUUAUAAGUCAGAGGCGUGCAAGGCAUUCACGGGCUGCUCCAUGUUUGCUCCGCUGAAGACGCUGCCCAGUCAGUGUAUGAUGCCCAUCAAGCUGCCAGAGGACUGUGUUUACACACCCAGCUGGAACAUGGGCAAACUGGAGCUCAUACCCCCCGUGCCAACCAUGGGCCUCCUCACCAAAGACGGUAACAUCCCCAGUGUGGAGCCAGACUACCAGAGCUACACACCACAGACCCACACUCCCUUCAUGUCCAACAGUGCCCCACCCAGCAACAGCGGCACGGGCAUCCUGCCCUCCCCGGCCACACCCCGCUUCUCCGCCCCCACCCCACGCACUCCCCGUACCCCGCGCACCCCAAGAGGGCCUGCCAGUGUCCAGGGAUCGCUCAAAUACGACAACUCUGACCUCUACUCGCCCGCCUCCACCCCUUCCACCUGCCGACCUCUCAGCUCAGUGGAGCCAGCCACUGUGCCCUCCAUCCCUGAGGCCCACAGCCUCUACGUCACCCUCAUCCUCUCCGAGUCCGUCAUGAACCUCUUCAAGGACUGUAACUUUGACAGCUGCUGUGUGUGCGUGUGCAACAUGAACAUCCGUGGCGCUGAUGUGGGCGUGUAUCUUAACGACAACGGCGAGGCCCAGUACCCCUGCACCUGUGGUUUCAGCGCCGUGGUCAACCGUCGCUACGGCAGCUCGGCUGGCCUCUUCUUGGAGGAUGAGCUGGACGUGGUGGGGCGUGGCUCGGACGCCGGCCGGGACUCUGAGAGGCGUUUCCAGGAGCUGCGCGCUGCCUCCCUUCACAGGACCGGCAACCCCACAGAGAGGCCCCCAGACGAGCUCAUCCUGUUACUGCAGGACCAGUGCACCAACCCAUUCUCCCGCAUGGCUGGGGUGGAGUACCCCAAGGCGUUGUCCUCGGGCACCUCUCACUCUUCUCUACGGGUAGAGGAGAGGGACUGCUAUAACGACUGCUACAUGGCUCUGGAGCAUGGCCGGCAGUUCAUGGACAACAUGUCAGGAGGCAAGGUGGACGAGGCGCUGGUUAAGAGCACGUGUCUACACAACUGGCCUAAACGCAAAGCUGCAGAAGUGAGCAGGCUGUUCUCUCAGGACGUGCUGCGGGUGCUGCUCUCCCUCCAGCCUGUACUCCAAGAUGCCAUCCAGAAGAAAAGAAGCGUACGGUCCUGGGGCGUUCAGGGACCUCUCACCUGGCAGCAGUUUCACAAGAUGGCUGGCAGGGGAUCCUACGGCACUGACGAGUCUCCAGAGCCCCUGCCCAUCCCUACCUUCCUGGUGGGCUAUGAGUAUGACUUUGUGGUGCUGUCGCCCUUCGGUCUGCCUUACUGGGAAAAGCUGCUGCUGGACCCCUUCGGCUCUCACAGGGACGUGGGAUAUGUAGUCAUCUGUCCUGAGAAUGAGGCUCUGCUCCGUGGGGCUAAGAGCUUCUUCAAGGACCUUAUGGCCGCGUACGAGGCCUGUCGACUGGGUCAGCACAGACCAAUCUGUAAGACUCACGCAGAUGGAAUAUUGCGGGUUGGUACAGCAGAGGGCAGGAACCGGGCAGAGCAGCCUCUCAGUGAUUGGUUCCUCAAGAUGGCCAGCAGCAACGGGAACAGCGACGCCUUCAGCAAACUCAAACUGUACGCCCAAGUGUGCCGGCAUGACCUGGCUCCAUACCUGGCUGGACAGUCUCUGGACAGCUCUCUGUUGAACCAGCGUGGCCCCACUGUGGCCUCCCCCCAGUCCUCCUCCUCCCAGUCCCCCAGCUCCACCACCCCCUCCUCAGGUCCCCAGAGCGCCACCAGCAGCAGCACUGCCCAGCCUGCCAACACCAACAGCACCCCACCCUCCUCCACAGGCCCCCAGGCAAUGGGAGGGAUAGGGGGGGUAGGAAUGCCAUCGGCCAAGCCCAGCUCCUACACACCAUACGGGACAUCAGGCCUGCAGGGCAGCGUCUCCCAGAAUGGGCCCCAGUCGGGUGCUCAGACUGCAGGGGAGAAUGGCCCCACUGCCAACCAGCCCCAGGCCAGCACCGAGCCCGUAGAGACCACAUUAGAGAGAGACAAGGUGGGUGUCCCAACAGACGGAGAGUCCCACGCUGUGACGUUCCCCCCGUCCAUUGUGGUUUACAUCGUGGACCCCUUCAGCUACGAGGACGGGGAGAGGGACACCCACUCCAGUGUGUGGACGCUGGGUCUGCUGCGCUGCUAUGUGGAGAUGCUCCAGUUCCUGCCGCCUCACAUCAGAAACUCGGUGUCUGUGCAGAUCAUUCCCUGUCAGUACCUGUUGCAGCCUGUGCGCAUUGAGGAGCGCCAUCUGUACGGUCAGCACCUCAAGUCCCUGGCCUUCUCGGUGUUCACCCAGUGCAGACGGCCCCUCCCCGGCAACACCAACAUCAAGGCUCUGACGGGCUUCGGCCCAGGCCUGGCCAUCGACAUGGCACUGAGGAGCACAGAGAGGCCAGAAUGUCUGCGUCUGUACACACCACCGUUCAUCCUGGCGCCCAUCAAGGACAAGCAGACAGAGCUGGGGGAGACGUUCGGCGAGGCCUCUCAGAAGUACAAUGUGCUGUUUGUGGGCUACUGCCUGUCGCAUGACCAGCGCUGGCUCCUAGCCUCCUGUACUGACCAAUCAGGAGAGCUUCUGGAGACAUGCAUCAUCAGCAUCGACGUGCCUAACAGGGCUCGGAGGAAAAAGGGGUCAGCCAGACGACUGGGCCUGCAGAAGCUGUGGGAGUGGUGUCUAGGUUUGGUGCAGGUGACAUCACUGCCCUGGAGGGUGGUGAUUGGCCGCCUGGGCAGAAUGGGCCACGGAGAGUUACGAGACUGGAGUAUUCUGCUGAGCAGGAGGAACCUGCAGUCUCUCAGCAAGCGCCUCAAGGAAACCUGCAGGAUGUGUGGCAUCUCUGCCGCAGACACUCCCAGCAUCCUCAGCGCCUGCCUGGUCGCCAUGGAGCCUCAGGGCUCCUUUGUCAUCAUGCCAGACUCUGUGUCGACUGGCUCAGUGUUCGGCCGCAGCACCACUCUGAACAUGCAGACGUCCCAGCUGAGCACUCCUCAGGACACGUCCUGCACCCACAUCCUGGUGUUCCCUACCUCGGCCAUGGUGCAGGUGAACAACGGCACCACCGAACAGAACCUAGACAUCGCCUUCAACCCCAUAAACCCUGAUGGUUCAGAUGGGAUGGGCAUCUUUGACCUGUUUGAUAACGACAUGGUGGACCCUGACCUCAUCAACAUCCUGCCUAACUCCCCCACCACUUCCCCCGUUCACUCCCCGGGUGGACACUAUCACCAGGGGGGAGACGGCAGCAAGGGCCAAAGCACAGACCGUAUGGAGUCCCAUGAGGAGGCCCUGAACAUCCUGCAGCAGCCUAUGGCUCUGGGCUACUUCAUCUCCACAGCCAAGGCUGGCCCCCUGCCUGACUGGUUCUGGUCAGCCUGCCCCCAGGCACAGAACCAGUGCCCACUGUUCCUCAAGGCCUCCCUGCACCUCCACGUGUCCUCGGUCCAAUCAGACGAGCUCCUCCACAGCAAACACUCCCACCCUCUGGACUCUAACCACACCUCAGAUGUGCUCAGGUUUGUGCUGGAGCAGUACAACGCCCUCUCCUGGCUGACGUGUGACCCUGCCACUCAGGACCGGCGCUCCUGUCUGCCUGUUCACUUUGUGGUGCUCAACCAGAUGUACAACUUUAUCAUGAACAUGCUCUGAACAAGAAUAUCAAGGGGGAUCUAUGGACCUCAUCAUGAAACAAAUGGUAGGGGAUUCCCUGGAGUGGAUGGACCCUCAACACUUCAGGUUGGGGGCAUGGCCAUAAGGAAUCUCCCCCCAGCCAGCUUCUCCACGGCAGCACUGGAGGUGUCCUAGCCUAUCAAUCAAAUGCCAAGUGUCCAUUUUGGAUGAUAAGGGACUUUUCAUAAAGGAGAAUAGUCUUUUUAAUAAUCUUAGAUUUCAAUCUUCUGAUAAAAUUUUAUCUUAAUGAAAUGCCUGCACACACACACAUAUAUAUAAUAUUAUUUAUUGUAAGUUUUUAAAUGUGUAAUUUGUAUUUCUUUAUCUUUUAUAUAUAAAAAAAAAUCUAAAGGUUGUGUAUUGCUAUUUCACUUUUAAAAGGAAUUGGUUUAAAAUGUAAAGUAAUUUUCUCAAUUACAAAACCAAAACCCGCUGAAGUGAAUUUGCUGUAGGCUGUUUUUAGAGUAUUAUUUUUUCAAAGGGUAUUGCCCUGAUGUACAGAUUUAAGUAGGCUGGGCAUUUAUAUCCCCUCCUUUUGAGUGGACAUGAUUUACAGCUCAGCCAAAGUGGCGGAGUCUGUUGCACAGUAAUUCAAUGCAUUCAGAUAAAUGGGAUAUGAGGUACAGGUUGUCAGAUUAUAUAUUUUAUAUGACAGAUUUAGAGAAUUGUGUGUAUAUGUGUGUACAUAUAUAUGUGUGCCGCUACAGAUGGUGCAGCUUCUGUUUUAGGAAUAAAGUGCGUCUACCUA